UCAGCUCCCGCGUCCCGGUCGGGUCCCGGAUCCUCCGGGGACUGCUUGGGAGGACCCAGGGGUGCGGCUGGCCCUGCUUCCCCCCAAGCCGUGCUCAUGGAGUCCACCUUCAGCAGCCCCGCGGAGGCGGCGCUGCAGCGGGAGGCGGGCGCCGGGGGGCCGCGCACCCCUCGGGAGGACCUGGGCCGCGUGUACGAGCUGGAGCGCAUCGCGGGAUUUGUCCGCGGCCUGGGGUGCCAGCGGGUGGCCCUGCAGUUCCCUGAUCAGCUACUGGGAGAUGCUGGGGCCGUCGCCGCCCGACUGGAGGAGAUCACGGGCUCCAAGAUGUUUGUCCUGGGGGACACGGCCUAUGGCAGCUGCUGCGUGGAUGUUCUGGGCGCCGAGCAAGCCGGAGCACAGGCCUUGGUCCAUUUUGGUCCUGCCUGCUUGAGCCCUCCAGCGCGGCCACUCCCAGUGGCCUUUGUUCUUGGUCAGCGAUCUGUGGCCCUGGAGCUCUGUGCUCAGGCCUUUAAGGCCCUGCACCCUGAGUGCAGUGCCCCCGUCGUGCUGCUGAGUGAGCCGGCCUGCGCCCAUGCCCUGGAGCCCUUGGCCGCUCUCCUGCGCCCUCAGUACCCAGACCUGCUUGUCUCCAGCCCGGCCCUUCCCCUGCCAAAGGACUCCCCCCAGGCAGAGUCUCCACCUAUGGAGUGUUUGGGGCGCCGCUUCCCCCUGGCCCCAGGACGCCGUCUGGAAGAGUAUGGCGCCUUCUACGUGGGAGGCUCCGAGGCCGGCUCCAGCCCUGACCUGGACCCAGACUUGAGCCGGCUGCUAUUGGCCUGGGCCCCGGGACGGCCCUUCUUCUCUUGCUGUCCAGAGACUGGCCGGACUCAGGACGAAAGUGCCCGUGCUGGGCGGCUCAAGGCGCGUCGCCUCUAUCUGGUGGAGAGAGCCCGCGACGCCCGUGUGGUGGGGCUGUUGGCGGGCACGAUGGGUGUGGCCCGGCACCAGGAGGCCCUGGCACACUUACGGACCCUCACUCAGGCUGCCGGCAAGCGGAGCUACGUGCUGGCCCUCGGGCGGCCCACUCCUGCCAAACUGGCCAACUUCCCGGAGGUGGAUGUCUUCGUGCUGCUGGCCUGUCCUCUGGGGGCCCUAGCCCCCCAACCUUCUGGUGGCUUCUUCCGGCCUGUUCUGACGCCGUGUGAGCUGGAAGCAGCCUGCAACCCUGCCUGGCCCCCACCCGGCCUGGCUCCGCACCUCACCCAUUAUGCAGACUUGCUGCCUGGCUCCCCCUUCCACGUGCCCCUCCCACCCCCCGACUCGGAGCUGUGGGACAGCCCAGAUGUGUCACUCAUCACUGGGGAGCUGCGACCCCCCUCCUCGUGGAAGCCAUCGAAUGAGCCCGGAGGCUCGGCCCUGACCCCACGGCCGCAGCUGGAGCUGAUGGAGAGCAGCCCUGCAGCCUCCUUCCUUAGCGCCCGGAGCUGGCAGGGCCUGCAGCCCCGCCUGGGCCAGACACCGGUGACAGGAGCUGUGAGCGGAAGACGGGGGAUUGCCAUCGCUUACGAGGAUGAGGGGAGCAGCGGAUAGUGGGGGACCAGAGCUGCGCAUGGACGUAGUCCGAGCCGACACCUGCUCUCUUCCCCCAACCCCUAAGCAUUCUGCUCCUCAAAGCGCCUGGGCAGAGCAGGGCACCAUCCGAGCACACGGCAUAGCACAGACUGGCUUACUAAGUGCCUGUGGGUGGGCUGCUGUGGCCUAACUUAGGACUUUUCCGAAAGCCUGUUGGGCCCGUUGGGCCUCCUGGGAGCAGCCACAACGUCUACUGAUUGCAGUUCCUGUGCAGUGAGUCUGUACUAUGUGCACUUGGGGGUCUCAGCCCAGGGCCAGCCCACACCGCUGAAGCCAGCUUGUUUUUGGUU